AUGGUGAAAGGUAGAAAGAAGAAAGCCGUCAAGACUGUGGAGAGCAGCGAGUCUAUUUCAUCGCUUACGACUCCUCAAUUGUAUUCUAUCUAUGACCAGGACAUUGUCAAGAGUGAAGACGCUGAAAUUUACGAAGAACUGAAACGGUCCAGGUCAAAGUCUAGCUCUUUGGACACACCUCUUUAUGCCAUUGAUGAAAUUAUACAUUUGAAGAAAGACAACGACAAGGUAAACGAAUCUCCACUGAUCGAUGUUUCCGAGGGAUCGCACAUACGCCCGCUUUCUCAACACAAGAAGCUUAUAAAUGAGACAUUGCUGACACCUUCCAUGUCUGCAGGUGGCAACUUGGGACUUGAUGCCACUAUGGCCAAUACUAUGUCCUUCCAUGUUACACCGUUCCAAAGGUUUACAAACUUCGUAUUCGCCAUCGUCGUGCUUUCUAUAAGCGGUGUAGCAUACCACCAGUUAUCUCGGAAUCUACACGAUAACCAUCUAUUACACGAGGACUUUGCCUCCAGACCAUUGCUAUGGGGUGUCACCAUCCAACAGAAACUAAGUUGUGGCAUAUUGCCAGAUUGGUUCGGUUACGCCCUAGAAGGUAUCAUCUUCGGAUCAAUUAUCCCAUUGAUGGAUCACAUCACUAAAGUUAAGCUAAGACCAACAAGUUACAGUCUAUCCUCGGUGAUCAGAAGCAUUAACGCAAUGCUAGGUGUAACCUUCGGUAUCAGGAAGAUCCAAUGGGCAUCUUCAGGCCAAGCAGCUGGUGCAUGGGGUCUUCUUAACGUUAUCCUGUGGUUAUUCUUUGAUGGUACUUUAUCCAUGUUCUCAAAUUGUUCCGUGCUGGGUCUGCUAUGUUGCGCGUCAUGCUUUCAUGAAAUCACAGACGUUUCUCAGUUCCUAUAUUUCAUGGAUUUUUACUUCUUGGGUUCCUUGAUGUUCGGUAAGAUCGGUAGAUACUUAUACCACCUAUGA